AUGUUCUUGAAAUUCGCUAGUUUCUUCAGUACGAGUUUUCAAAACUCCACCAAGAAGCCGCCAUGGCCCAAUCCGUCUGCUCGUCGAAUUGGAUAUGGAAUCAAGACCACCAACAUGAGAAGACUUGGAGUUGAUGCACCAUGUGGUGUGCUCGACCCAAAGGAAACAGUUCUUCUGGAUGUUUCCCGUGAUGCCUUCGCAUUCGGACAAGAAAGCACCAACAACGAUCGUUUAACUGUCGAAUGGACCAACAACCCUGAUGAAGCUGCGAAGCAAUUCAGACGCGAAGGGUGCCAAGGAGACGGUAUGAUCCGUCGUAAGAACUCCCAACUGAGUACAACCCAUCUUUUUAAUAAAUCAGUUUAUUUUCCGCUUGUUUUCUUCUUUCUCUCAAACAAAAAUAGCUUCACUUAA